AAGUUUCCCGCUGUUCAGGAAGAAUUAAUUAUCAUCCUGAUACGCCUGCUACGAUGAUUUGUGCGACAUCUUGCCACGGGAAUAUGAUGAAAUAACGAAUAAAUUCUAGAGAAAGUAUCCAUUGGUACAGCCAGCUUCAAUGUUUUCGAACACUAACGAAAAUCUUUUGGAAUUUUAUUUGAAUAAAGAAAUCAAGAUGUCAUACGGUUGGAAGGAAUACGCAGUGGAGCUGGAACCAUCAAAGGAGCUUUUGAAGCCACUGGUAGUCCCGGUUAAGACGUUAAUGGCACCAGGGCCCAGUAACUGUUCAGAAAGAGUCCUGAAGUCUUUGCAGCACCAACUCCUAGGGCACUUGCAUCCGGAAACCCUAAAGUUGAUGGAUGAGAUCAAGGCGGGUCUCCAAUAUGCCUUCCAAACUAAGAAUACCUUAACGUUAGCCAUUAGUGCUUCAGGACACGCAGGUAUGGAAGCCUCACUAGGUAAUAUUCUUGAACCUGGUGAAACGGUCCUUAUAAUCAAAUCUGGAGAGUGGGGUAGCCGUGCAGCGAACAUGUCAACAAGACUAGGAGCACACGUAGAAUAUUUGGAGACUGAACUAGGGGUACCAGCCACCCUGACUGAUCUGGAAGCAGCUCUGCAGAGACACCGUCCUGCAGUAAUUUUUCUAGCACACGCUGAAUCAUCUACAGGAAUGAAGCAACCCGUGGAAGGUAUCGGUCCACUGGCUCAUAGAUACGGAGCCCUUCUGAUAGUCGAUACUGUAGCAUCCUUAGGUGGCGAACCGUUUUACGCCGACAGCUGGGCCGUGGACGUGGUUUAUACAGGAAGUCAGAAGGUCCUGGGAGCACCUCCAGGAAUCACUCCCAUUUCCUUUAGCCCCGCUGCCGAAAAGAAGAUAUUCCAGCGUCGUACACAAGUCCCGGUAUUGUAUUGGGACAUGACAGUCCUUGGAAGAUAUUGGGGAUGCUUCGAUGGGCCCAGGAUGUAUCAUCAUACCAUAUGUGCCACUUUGAUCUAUGGACUUCGAGAAGCCUUGGCACAGCUGGCUGAGGAGACCCUUCCGGUAUCCUGGAUGAGACAUAAGGCCGCCGCGCUGAGACUGGAGGAAGGUCUUCGUAGACGCGGAUUGGAAUUAUAUAUAUCUAAUCCGCAGCAUCGUCUGGUUACGAUUGUGCCGAUAAGAAUUCCUGAAAAUAUUGAACUCCAACUGGUUAUCGAAGAAGCCAUGAGAAAGCAUAAGGUUGAACUUGCAGGUGGUCUUGGGCCAACCUCAGGUAAAAUCAUGAGGAUGGGGUUGAUGGGAGUGAACGCUACUCCUUACCAUGUGGAUUUGCUCCUGAACGCACUGGACGAUGGACUUAGAUACGCUCGGCUUGUUAAAAAAUCAAAAAUCUAAUGAACUACGAAUAUCAUUCCAAAAGCUACGCAAUACAUAUUAGAAGUAUUUCUAAAAUGACUAUAAAAUCUAUUAAAAUAAAACGCAGUGUUAAAAAUACUAUACGAGAUUAUCGUGUGACGAUUAAAAAUAAAUAUGUGUAAAAGAUAA